UAGUUCACGUUUGCAAUGUUAUGUGACUGAUGAUCAUGCUGCUGUCCACUUUGACUGUGAUCAGUCGUUAUUAAAUCACGAAUAACCCGUUUUACCGUGUAAAGUAUUUACACCUUCCACAUAAAAUGCCACGUUCGUACUUGAAAACGGACGAGGCGAGAGAUGCCGCAGAGAUGAAAUACUUGCUUGCAUCCAAAAUUAGGCGCCGAAAAGAAGAAAUCCACAACUAUAUAUUAGAAAGGCGAGCAGAAAUUCACAAACGAAUCCGAUAUCGAAGGCAUCUUUUCCAGAAUUACUUGAGCACGAGAACGUCCCCAUCACCGACUGAAGAAGAUUUGCCAAAUCAUGUCCCAAUCCCUUCAGACCCAGACUGGUGGGAGAGAGUGGUGAUGACCGAGUUUGGACCGGAAGACUGGCUUGACAAGUUCCACGUCACAAGAGAAAUCUUCCUCCUCCUGAGCACGAAACUCAAGCCCCAGCUGGAGCAAGUGUACAUACAGCAAACAGAACAAACUAUAACACUGGAGAAAUGCAUAGCCAUGGCCUUAAUGCGUUUGUCCACCAGCACAGAGUACUGCUUUUUAAGCGAACUCUUUGGGGUGCCAAUCCCUGCUGUGUGUCAAUGUGUGCGGGAGGUGUGUGAAGCCAUCAUUUUGUUAUUAAAACCCAUCUACAUGCAGCUACCAGCUGAACAUGAACUAGAGGACAACGUGGAGCAGUUUCAUAGCCUAUGGGGUUUUCCUCAUUGCAUCGGUGUCAUCGAUUCCCUUCACAUCCCUGUUAACCUGCCUGCCACGGAAAGCCAGGACUGCUGGAACUCAAGCGGGUGGCACUCUGUGGUUCUUCAAGGAGUGGUGAACGCUCAUGGUAAUUUCUGGGACGUGUGUUCUGGUUUUACAGGCAGCACAGAUGAUAUGACCAUCUUGCAGAGCUCAGAACUGUGGACUAUGGCAGAGCAGGGAGGUUUUUGCUGUCAGCCGCCCAAAGAACUCAUGGGACGCCCGUUGGGGUUUCUGUUGUUGGGAGAUGUGGGUUUUUCUCUUCAGAAUUGGUUGCUAAAAUGUUAUCCUUCAGCACCCAAUCCAACCCCACAACAGCAAACCUUCAACAUCAAACUAAAUCAAGGCCUUAAAGUCAUCAAGCAGGCAUUCCAGCGCCUCAAAGCACGCUGGCAGUGUCUGCACAACAGAAAUGACAGCAACGUCGAUUUGGUGUCCAAGAUGGCUGUAGCUUGCUGUAUCUUGCACAACAUCUGUAGUGUUCACAACAGCCCAUUUAAAGAUGAGUGGGUCGAAGCACUUAGUCAGAAUGAAUGUCCACAGCCCACAGAUGUGUCUACAGUCUAUAUAGAUGAUCCUAAUGCUGAGGCCGUACGUUCUGUAGUCUGUAGUUAUUUUGAGGAACAGCAGCAGAGCCAAACAUUUGAUCAGUCUCCAACAAGCAGCGCAGUUCUGCCUGUGCCAGAGCCUCCUCAUGUGGACAGUGCUGGAACAACAUAGCUGGUGUAUAGACGUAUCAUUUUAUUAGACUCAUUAUAGCUGCAUUUUAAUACCUUUAAAUGGCAUUAGGCAUGCUAUACAUUUAUAUUUAAACAUGUAUUUAAAUCACCAUCUCAUAUUAUGAAUUAUUUUCUUUUCUCCAAUUCAUUAGGAUAAUCAGAAAAUAGCAGCGCUAGCUACUGACUGUCAGUAUCACCUUUUCUUGAAGUUGAAAUUUUACAAUCUUACCUUGUUUUUACCAAAAGUAAUUGUUCUCCCUCACAUGUUUGAGCUAACAGAGCUGUUGCCAUGACAACAACCCUAGGAUGAGCUUCAAAACACCAAACAAUCCUAGAUCUUGUCAAAUUGUCUGCAAUAAAAUGAGGCUAAGAUCAGACCUCAGAUCUCUGGUUUCUAAACAAAGAAAAUAACACAUUUUGUUGUGGUCCAUCAUCAAACUUAUACAAAUAAUAGCUUCUAUGACAUGAAUUUAACUGUGAAAUAUACUUAUGACUAGUGUUGGGAGUAAUGCACAUAGGUGGACAGAGAACUGAAAAAUCAUGCUUAAGUUAAAGUACCGUUUCUUGCCCAAACAUGAAGCGCAAGUAGAGUAAAAGUAUUUGUUGCAAAUAUUACUCAAGGUAUAAGUAAAAAGUCGACCUUUCAAAAGUUCUCAAGAGUAGUGGGUAUUGAAUAUUAAACUGUAUAAAGCUGAUACAUUUACAUCUAAUUUGUGGAUGUGUGUAAACGUAACAUUCUGUAGAGCAUUUAAUUAUUGCUCAGCAGGCACACAACAUCAUAAGACGUUAAUAUUAGGUUAGAUUUAGGUUGUGAUGUCAGGUGACCAAAAUUUAAUGUCAAGCCAGCGUCUGAGGACAACGUUAUUUUGAUGUCCAAUAACGACGUUAAAUGACGUUGGUAUUUUGUUGAUUUUAGGUUGUGUUGGAAAGUGACCAAAAUCCAACGUCGAGCCAACAUCUUAAACCAACGUCAUAUUGAUGUCAAAUACUGACAUUUACUCGUCAGGUAUGGCAACCAAAAUCAUCUGAUAGACGUCAUAGUGGUAACGUCCACACAACAUCAAGAUGUAACAUCAUUAGACAUUGAUAAUUGGUUUAUUUUAGGUUUGACAUUAAUGUUGGCCUGACGUGGAGUUCUGACAUCAACUCGAUUUUCAUUGCUUAACAAAAUGCAAUGUCUCCAUGAUGUUGGGGUACUAUGUCAAUCUGACGUCAUGUCGACAUCUUUUGCCUGCUGGGUGUUUAAGGCAAUUUCGGUCUUCAUACAGUAAACAUCUGUCAUCUUGUCAUCAGUGACGUGCAUCUAAACAGUCUCUGGGUCAAUGUGCGUAAAGAUUUUGAAUUUCUUCUUGGACACUUUUAAUGCUUUCAAACAGUUUUCUGCAAUUAUAAAUCACCCAUGUCUUGAGGUAGUUCAUUAUGACGCGAUUUACCUCUACUUCUAUGUGUGAUUUGAUUGGACAGGAAUUACAGGAGUGAUUUUUCUAACCCCCAUAGACAAGAAAAAAUAAAGUAGUGACUGCAGGUUGAAAAAAAAAUAGGGGAAUAAAUGUACCAAUACAGCACUAAAAAUGUACUCAAGGGAAAGUAAAAGUUCACAUCUUUAAAACUACUUAGUAAAUUACAAUUUCUGAGAAAAGCUACUCAAUUACAGUAAUUUGAGUAUUUGUAAUUAGUUACUUUACACCACUGGUAAUGCAUUACAAGUAACGUGAGUUUCGUAAUAAUAUCACUUUUCUAAGUUACGAGUAAAGCAUUAUUUAAAAAAAAAAGUAAUACGAGUUAAUUUUAUAGUUUAGUUAAUUCGCUUUUUAAAAAUAGAUUGCUGAAUUAAAAUGAACAUAAUCACAUUGAAUCACACACAAUAAGAGAAUGCAGGAAGAGACAGAAAUGAAGAUGGCAGAGCUUUACAUUUCUGUGAUGGAAAAUUCUCAUUAUUUUGAAUACUGCCGGGUCAGAAAAAGUAACGCAAAAGUAACAUAACGCAUUACUUUCAAAAGUAACUUUUCCCAACACUGCUUAUGACAUAUACUAAGGACAAACUUAUUUUUGAAUUCUAUUAUUAUGUCUAAAGGAUGAAAAUCUGCUAAAACAAGAUCAUGAUGCUUAUGUUGAACUAUAAUGAGCAACAUUGUGACUAUGAUAUGAGAAAAGAAAUGUAAGUUUGUUUCAUAAGCAUACUGAGGCCCUACUCUUCAGGGGUUCUGGUCUGUUUGUUGGGUGCACACUUACAGAAAUGAACUGCACUAAGAGCAAUCUCAAAGUAUAUUUUAAUAAAACCAAAUCUUCCAAGUGUGAAAACACUCUAAA